GCUGAGGACAGCUACCAGAGCUUCCUCAGAUGCCGGCUGUCUGCAGAGCUCGGCCUCCACACCUUCUAAUGCGCAGGGCUCUCCCCUGGACCCGUCCUGUUGCACCUGGCCUAGCCUGAUGGCUGCAAGUGAGACAUGCGUCAGCGGACGAGGGGCCUCCGCCGCGCGUUACUGCGUGACAGUCAGCGGCACAGUGGUUCUGGUGGUGGGGACAGUCUGCUUUGCAUGGUGGAGCGAAGAGGAUGCAGCUGUCCGGCCUGGCUCCCUGGGCCCCACGGUGGAGCAGCCGAUGCCCAAGGGGCCCGAGACUUGGCUCAAGUCUGUCAGCUUCCUGUGCUGUGGCUUGGGCGGCCUGCUUCUGCUCUUUGGCCUGCUUUGGUCCAUCCAGGAAAGCACAAAAAGGUCGAGCCAGGGGGACCUGUACCGACUCUCCAGAGACCUGUACCACCUCGCCAUAGAGUCCUCUGAGAAGGAGGGCUGCAGACCUCCCAAAGAGGCUGCUGCCAUUCCUACUUAUGAGGAGGCUCUGUACUGUCCACUGGCUGAGGGUCCCCUGCAAACCCCUGUGCAGCCGGAAGAAGACCUUCAGUGCCACGCCCCAGAGGGUGCCCUGCUGGGGUCGCCAUCCUUCUCACCCCCACCCACCUACGAGAGCGUCGUCCUCGCUCAAGGGGCUGUUUCUGGUCUAGCCCAGGCUGAGCUCAGGCUGCAGGGGAGUUACAGGGCUCCAGCGGGCUGUGAAACUGGACCCUAACCCGCGAGCCUCCUCCAGUGCUGGACUCACAGCAGGCAAUUCAACAAGAACUCUGCCGCUGGAUGCUCUUCUGUAUCGAGAGCCGUGCAAGAGGCCGCCUCCACGUUAGCUGGCUUUAAAUAAACCCCGCUUUAUUACAUCUCACCAUUCUACACAUGGCUGGUUCCUGUUGUUCUUCUCCACGUGAGGCACUGGGGAGGCCAUAACCGGAUCCUCCAAGCCGGUGUGCUGGGAUCAGCAGCUGAGAGCUGGGAGCUUAUGUGUGGCGAACACAGGGCCAGAGACAGAAGCAGGUGUGGUCCAAGCUUACACACCUGGUUUGUGGCCAAGAGAACACGGACCCUAAUCUCAGCCCCCCUGAGCCACCCAUGGCAAUCCCUUCUUUUCUUUGACUCACUUUCCUCACUUGUAAGAUGGACUGAGCACUUUUUUUUUUUAGCAGCGCCAGCCCCUGCCUCAGAGUGGGAGGACCCACGGGGUUAUAACAGUGGGCGCUAUGGAGCCUACUGAAAAAAAAAGGGACCCAGCCCUGAGCUGGAGGCCCGCAAGCUUCACAAGCCUCAGAGUUGUUGGAGGUACGUCUCCUCCCCCAGGUGCCUGCUCAGCGUCCCAUGAUGGGGCCACGCUGCUGUCCCCGGCUCUCCAGAUGCGGCAUUGAGAGCCACUUCCUCUCCAGCUGCAUUCUGCCCAUGGGGUCUCUGUCCACUCCACUAGGCCUCCAGUUGGUCCAGUGUUGUAUUUCCCAGCUUCUAAUUCCUAGCCCACCCUUGCCCCACCUCCCACCCCCAUCAACUUGAGCUACACAUCCCAAACUGGAAAAUAAUAAA